UUCUUCAGUAAGUUUCAGUCACUCGAGGCAUCUUUUGCUGCUACAUCAGGUUGGAUAUUGCACGAUACAGCUUUAGCUUCCAAUCACCUUUUACUGAUUAUUGAUUGCCAAUCACCAAUCACCUCAGUCUGUUAAUAGAUAAAAGAAAAAAUUGUUUGAUUGUUUAGUUAGUCAAGAUGAUUAGAUUCUGAUGAAAAUAAAUAUCCGUAACCAGGAUAUGCUAUUAUAUGAAGGACUUGAUGAUAUUGAGACGGCGCAAGAGCUCUAGGAGUAAAGGAAAAUAAAAGCACCAGCGGAAACAUAAGCGAGCCAGUCUAUUGGCAAGCGCCAACCAGACUAUUAACACGCGUUUAGUCGAGUAAUUUAAUAAUAUACAAGUGGUAAUAAUUUGAAUUGGAAUGGCAGAGGCUUUGAUAACAAACGGGACCUCGACGACACCACUUGAUGGGAACGUUGUACUCGACCUCCUCAAUCAUAUUAAUGAGAUCAAUGACUCGUUAUUCAGUAAGGAGAUCGAGUGCUUAGAAGCUAAACACCAGGACAGUACUAGUUUAACGACAGAUGUUUGUCCGGUCGACUGGGAUUCAUUGCUAUGCUGGCCAAAAGCUCCUGCUGGUACACAUGUUAAAUUACCGUGUUUUGAUCAACUAUAUGGAAUUCGAUAUGACAGCUCACAAAAUGCUAGUCGAUGGUGUUGGCCAAAUGGUACUUGGGAUAAUCGUACCGACUAUUCACAUUGUCAUGAGUUGAAAUUACCAGUUGUCGAGUCCAGCGUUGAGAUAACAACAACUUUAUACUUUGUAGGAUAUGUUUUAUCACUAUCAACACUCAUUGUCGCUGUUGCUAUUUUCCUUUACUACAAAGAGCUCAGAUGUCUGAGGAAUAAUAUUCACACAAAUCUUAUGUUUACGUAUAUCCUUGCUGACCUCACAUGGAUCCUUACCACAGUAAUGCAGGUUUCAAUGCAGUCAGAUAUUCCAUCUUGUAUUAUAUUUAUAUCACUGCUUAAUUAUUUUCAUCUGACAAAUUUCUUCUGGAUGUUUGUUGAAGGUUUAUAUCUGUAUUUAUUGGUCGUAAAAACAUUCACUGGUGAUAAUAUUAAACUCCGUCUUUGUCUUGUCAUAGGAUGGGGUGCUCCAAUCUUUGUAAUUGCUGUCUGGUGUAUUGCUAAAUCAACUGUCGUUAAUACCGAAAGUAGUAAUCAAAACGUAGCACUGUAUCGACAUUGUCCCUGGAUGGUUUAUCAUCCUUAUGACUGGUUCUAUCAGGCGCCGGCCAUUACGGUCCUCGGAAUAAAUGUUAUCUUCCUUUUCAUGAUCAUGUGGGUUUUGAUAACAAAACUACGCUCGGCAAAUAAUGUCGAGACUCAGCAAUACAGAAAGGCAAGCAAAGCACUGCUUGUUCUCAUUCCACUUCUGGGAGUGACAUACGUAUUGGUAAUUGCUGGACCAACUGAAGGGGAAGUUGCUAAUAUUUUUUCUUAUGCUCGCGCUAUUUUGUUAUCAUCCCAGGGAUUGUCAGUAGCACUUUUUUACUGUUUUCUAAAUUCAGAAGUUCAAAACACAGUGAGACAUCAUUUUUCCCGAUGGAGCGCUGCCAGGAACUUAGGAAUGGAUAGAAAGUAUUAUAAUAAUUGGUCACCACGUUCUCGUACCGAAAGUAUAAGGCUUUAUUGUCAGCCGUCAGUUCCAUAUAAAAAACGAGAAUCAACGGCAAGUGAGACAACGACCACAACUGUCGUUGGAAUGAAUUCGACAACAACAUUUCUCGAUCGAUCACGAGCCACUAUCUCCGAAGAACUUAAUGAGUGAUCAAUUAUUGCACUCAAUCAUAAGUUUUAUUUAAUAAAUCGUUAAAUAUAUCACAAUUCAUAACUCAUAACUCAUAUCAUUAUUAUAAAUGAUUAAAUUUCAUCGUCGCUAUUAAAAAUAAUCUAUGAAAUAUUAUUUUUUAAAAACAUAAAUUUUAAAUAUUUUUUCAUUCGCUCGCUCGCAAUGUGAAAAUUGUCUUCCGUCUUUUAAUAUUAUUAUAAAUCACGCUAUCAUAAAAAAACAAAGAAAUAAAAUUAUUUAUAAAUUUUAAAUACGAGCUAUUGUAUUUUAUUGAAAAAAAAAAAAGGGCAAUGGGCUCUAUCAUUGUACCUGAAAUUUUCAUGUAUAAAAAAAUCAAAUAACUGAAAGAAUUAAUUAGCUACUUUUUUUUCAAAAAUAAUACGGAAAAUAUUGUUCGAAAUGACAAAAAAAAUACUGUUAAAAUUUGAACUCUUAAUAUUCAUAUUAACAACCGCCUCAUCGCAAUUUUCGAUUCUUCAUUUGAAAAACCUGGGAUACAUUUUUUUUUAAGUUUUGAAUUUCAUCACUCAUCAGGGAAUCAGUGUAUCGAAAAAAACAAUAGAUAUUUUUGUUGUAAAUUACACGCUCUUCAAAAAUGGUCUUAUUAUUUUUUGAUAAAUUCAAUUUUUCAAAAGCUAUUCGUCAUGUGUGGUUGUUAAUAUAAAUAUUAAGCGCUCAAACUCCAACAUUAUUUUUUUUUUCAUCUCAAACAAUAUUUUCAGUAUAA